AUGAAAGCCCAAACUGUUAUUAUGCCUCGAUUUUACACAACCAUUGUUAAGAUAGAUAUAUUUCUGAGGAAAAAAAAUGUUGCAAUAUUGGAAGCGUUGUACAAACGCUGUGCAGCUGCAAUACGUAAACGCAAACAAAAAGGACAAAAAGGUGCAGAUAUUUUGUUGCCCGUAAAGCUUUCUGAACAGGAUCUUAAACUCAAAUAUCCACAUAUAAGCUUCUACUGGCAAUUGGCCUCAUCUGAACUUGAGAAAGAUUUUCCGGAUUGGAGAUCUAAAGACAACGCCGACACAUCGUAUAUAGAUGCAUAA